UUAUUGACAUAUAUCAAGAAUGGAGUGGGCCAUGUCAAUCCGUUAAAAAUUUGUUCAAAAAAAUCAAUGAAGAAUUAAAUGACAACAAAUUAUUUUUUGCCACUGCAAAUGCUGACACGGUUGAUACACUGGAGAAAUAUAGAGGCCGUUCGGAGCCAUAUUUUCUGCUCUAUGGGGGACAAUCUCUUGUUGCGGUUGUCAAAGGUGCAAACUGUCCGACUAUUCAAGCUACUAUAUAUGAAAUGUUAAAGCAGGAACAUGAAGCUUUGGCUGGUGAAAUCGCACGGGUAGAGAUUGAAGACCCUUAUUUGAAGGCAAUUGAGGAAGAGAAGGCAGCUGAGGCCAAACGACUGGCCCGACAGAAAGAAAUCGAUCAGGAGUGCUGUCCAUUGAUUUUGCAUUCAACUUUAUCUGAAGAAAAUGUGGAAAAUGUCAUUGAACUGCUUUUAAACGCCGGAUAUGAGAUUUUGCAAGAAGAAGUAAAGCAGCUCGAUGAUGACACCGUAAUUGAGAUUCUCGAAAGUGAAUCCGGGGACCCAGACUAUGGUUUUAGGCUCAACGAACUUACUAAAGAACCGUUAAGAUGUCUUCUCGUGGCAAAAGGUCCUGAGGGUGUUGUAAACGAGCUGAUUGACUUUGUUGGCCCAGAAAAAGAAUACAGUUCUCCUGACGGCGAACCCAUGCCAAGCAUUCGUGACCUGUUUGGGGGAGGAAAACCGAAGGAAUGUCUCACUGCUCCUACCACAACCAACGCAGCUCAGACAAUAAUGAAACUCGUAUUCCCGGACUUCACACCGCCUCGAGUAAUUACGUACCUUCCCGAGGUGGAGGAGACCAGGCCGAGCGUUUUUGCUGCAGGUCUUUUGGACGACGAGAACCAGGAAGCCGGCGACAACGAGGAGUCAUCCGGCGUGCCAGAAUACGAGGGACCACCACGACUAAUUGUCGUGGUGAAGCCGCCUGCCUACGACGCCUACCGCGAUGACGUGAUGGCGGACUUGGAGGCGGCGAACUUCACAAUUCUCUCAACCAAAGAUUACACGUUCUCGGAGGACGAGGCUCGAGAGUAUUAUUCCAAAAUGUCAUCUUCGAAUUUGUUUGAAAAUCUCAUUGCCAUGGUGACCUCUGGUCCCUCGUUCAUCAUAAUGGCUUGCAAAUCCGAGGCGUAUAAAGCGAUGAAGGACAUGCUUGGCCUUGAGUCGUACGCUCAAGCUCUCAAGAGCACUCCGGAUUCACUGCGUGUGAAGUACUCUGCUCCUCCCGAGGGCGAAAAAGACGAUGACCUCACGUGGAUUGAUGCGUCGCUAAGCGAGGCUGAAGCCAAGAAGUCGAUCGACUACUUCUUCCCCGUGGAGGACACCUUCGCCAUGUUCAAGCCGGAAACGCAGCCCGUGUGGGAGGAGAUGCUGGAGGAGAUCAAGAAUUUAGGUUUCAAGGUGGUUAUGAAGAAGGAGGUUGAACUGCUUCCCGAAGACAUCCGUGUCAUCUACGAGAACAACAUCGACAAACCCUACUUCGAAGAUCUCUCCCGUCACAUCGCCUCUGGACCGGCGAUGGUGAUGGUGCUGAGGGCGCAAGACGCGGUGCGAAGAUGGCACACUUUGAUUGGACCCACGGAUCCGGAUGUGGCUGUCGACAGUCACCCGAAUGACAGGAAGAAAUCAGGUAUGUGUGUUGAUGAGUUAGGCCUAACGCGUGGAAACAAAAACGAAACUUACCCAAAAUUUUGUCGCGACAGCCUCCGAGCGACCUACGGCCGAUCGAUUCUGGCGAACGCAGUCCACGGCAGCACAAGCGCCGAGCACGCCGCAAAGUGUAUCAGCCGAGUAUUCAGGGAGCCGUCCAACGAGCUGGAAGGCGACAGCUCUCUCGGGGAUGUGGGCGAAGACAUGGAGGAGAAAGAAGGUGGUGAGGAAGGUGAAGGUCCUGUGGAAGAUGCGGAUGGUAACUUUGUUAUAGUUCAGUUAUAA